AGCUCACACCUCCAUUACCAUGGCCGACGGUUUGAGGAAUGUGUUUGAGAAGAAGAAAGCAGAGGGCAGCCCCGCUCUCGUUACAUUCGUUACUGCCGGCUAUCCGACCAAGGAGGAUACAGUCCCGAUCCUGCUGGCGAUGGAGGAGGGCGGUGCAGACAUAAUAGAGCUCGGGGUACCAUUCACGGAUCCCAUUGCGGACGGCCCGACCAUUCAGGAGACCAACUCAGUCGCUUUGAAGAACAAGGUUGACUAUACCGACUGUCUUAACUACGUCAAGGAGGCACGCCAAAAGGGACUCAAAGCUGCGAUUCUCCUGAUGGGCUACUACAACCCGAUGCUAGCAUACGGUGAGGAGAGGGCUAUUCAGGACGGUAGGGCAGCAGGUGCAAACGGUUUCAUCAUGGUCGACCUUCCUCCUGAAGAAGCUAUCGAGUUUAGACGAAAAUGUGCUCAAGAAGGCAUGUCCUAUGUUCCAUUGAUCGCACCUUCAACAAGCUUGCACCGUAUCAAGUUGCUGUCCUCUAUUGCUGAUACUUUCAUUUACGUUGUGUCCAAGAUGGGAACAACUGGUUCGGCGGCGCAUAUUGCUAUGAACGUCGAACUUCCAAAUAUAUUAGCGAGGGUUCGACGGUUCGCAACCGUUCCCCUGGCUGUCGGAUUCGGAGUCGCCACUCGCGAACAUUUCGAUACUGUCGCAAAUGCAGGUGCAGAUGGAAUCGUGAUUGGUAGUCGUCUAGUUUCUGUCAUCAAGGGUGCUCCAGCAGGACAGGUUGCACAGGCAGUCAAAACUUACUGUACUGAGAUCAGUCUGAAAGGACAGGCGAAGCCCCGACUAGCUAAUGGCCCGACUAACGGACAUGUCACCCAACCGGUCGUCAAUGAAGCGCAAGAUGGCCCGCCUAUUAGUAACAGCUCUUCAGAUCCUAUCGUCCUUCCAGCUCGCUUCGGGGAAUUUGGCGGCCAAUAUGUCCCUGAAGCUCUUGUAGACUGCCUGGUAGAGCUCGAAGCAGCACAUAAGUCUGCAAUGGCUGACCCAGAAUUCUGGGCUGAAUUCAGAGGUCUCUACGGCUAUAUGGGCCGGCCUUCAUCUUUGUACUAUUCAGAUAGACUUACCCAACAUGCUGGCGGCGCCAAGAUCUGGCUCAAGCGAGAAGACUUGAACCAUACAGGCUCACACAAGAUCAACAAUGCUAUUGGCCAGAUUCUCCUUGCGAAACGUUUAGGAAAGAAGCGAAUCAUUGCUGAGACCGGUGCCGGACAGCAUGGAGUAGCUACUGCAACUGUCUGCGCCCGUUUUGGCAUGGAGUGCACCGUAUUCAUGGGUUCCGAAGACGUACGCCGACAAGCUUUGAACGUGUUCCGUAUGCGGAUGCUUGGUGCAACGGUCAUCCCAGUGCAAUCGGGUUCGUGUACCUUGAAAGACGCCGUGAACGAAGCACUUCGUGAUUGGGUGACAAACCUAUCCACAACUCAUUACCUUGUUGGCUCCGCUAUCGGUCCACAUCCGUUCCCAACUAUCGUGCGUGACUUCCAGCGCGUAAUUAGUGCAGAAGUCAAGGAACAACUGCAAGCAGCGCGUGGAAAGCUUCCUGACGCUGUGGUAGCCUGCGUUGGUGGUGGAAGCAACGCUAUCGGAAGUUUCUAUGAUUUCAUCCCGGAUAAAAAUGUUCGACUAGUCGGUGUAGAAGCUGGAGGAGAAGGCAUCGAUGGUGACCACCACAGUGCGACUUUAGCGAAGGGCGCUCCGGGCGUCCUGCAUGGCGUACGGACUUAUGUCCUCCAGACCAAAGAAGGACAGAUUACAGAGACCCAUUCGAUUAGCGCAGGCCUUGAUUAUCCAGCAGUCGGUCCCGAGCACGCCUGGUUGAAAGACUCUGGACGUGCGGAAUAUCUUGUAGCUACUGACGAAGAAGCACUUCGUGGUUUUCGUUUGAUCACACAGCUCGAGGGUAUUAUUCCUGCCCUCGAAUCCUCGCACGCCGUUUGGGCUGGACUCCAGAUUGCAAAGACGAUGUCGAAGGAUCAGGAUCUUGUUAUUUGCUUAUCCGGUAGAGGCGACAAGGAUGUUGAACAGAUUUCGCAACUCCUUCCAGGAAAAUGGGCAGAUAUUCUAGAUUGGCACGUAUAAUUAAUGUCGUCUCGUUGAUGGGAUAGUAUCAUAGAAACAAGGUGACCAAAAAAAUCGGAUCUGGGGCAAUACUGGUAUUUAUGCGUUACAUAGACUAGUACGCAUAACUUCAUCUUGAAUAAAGCAUUUAAAAUCCCUUGAGAGCGUAGCUUUCUAGAUUAUUGAAGCUUAAGUGAAGCCGCAAGCUGCUCUAGGUCGGAAAAGCGUAGAAAGAUCAAGCGUGUGAAACACGUGCAUAUAGGAACGAUCACGUGGACGAGCUAUGUGUGACAAUCGCGAUUAUUUUUGUCACAGUGGCAUCGCGACUUGCGUAUCCUCUGCCGCUUCUGCUUCCUCUGCGAUACACCCACGUCUUCACCCUCAUGCCGUCUUCAAGACAUUCUGCACAAGAUGAGGCCGUUUUCAUGCAAGAACUUCUGUCUGGCGUAGAUUCUUCGUUCUUCGACGCAGUUCCUUCACCAGAUCC